AUGCACCGCACAUUAGGUGGAUUCAAUGUUAUCAGGACACGAGACCACGCGGCUGAGCGUUUAUCGAUACACUUCAUUGAUGUCUUCUUUUGGGAAACGACCUGUGAAGGUUCUAACAAUCUUAACCAACAUCCCUCUCCAGCACCUCCUGCUGGUCUACUAAACUGGUCCAACAAUGCCCGACUCCAGGACUGUGUUCUUACCGACUUUGGAAGUGCUCAACACGUCGAACAGAACAUCAAUAACAAUAAUAGAUUCUACCGUGCGUGGUCUUUAUCCGUCUUAAAUAGCAAGCUCAAUCAUUCGCGGUCAGCUGUGCCGAGCUUAUACGAUAUAAUACACCCAGUGCAGGCUUCGUACAAGGAUCGCUCAGGGAAACUCGCUCGAUGUUUGGAAGGCACUCGCAAGGAAGUCCUGAACGAGAUCAAAUCGUGGACAGAUGGUACUCUUCCAAUUUGCUGGCUUAAUGGCUUCGCUCGGUCGGGGAAGUCGACCAUAGCGCAGAGCGUAGCAGAGUGGUGUGCUAGCGAAGGGAGGCUUGCUGCCAGCUUUUUCUUCUUUCGGGGGACAGGAAACCGAGACAAGAUAUCCCACCUGAUUUCUACGCUCGCUUUUCAGCUCUCAACUACAGUUGAAAACAUGGAACUGUUGAUCCGGGAUGCCCUCGACAAAGAACCCUUCCUCACCCAGCAGCAUACUCCGCUCAGCUACCAAUUUGACAAGCUAAUCAUGACCCCCAUGCUCUCCCAUGCCCGCUCAACAUUUACGCAGAACAAUGCUGCACAAAAAUGCAUGGUGAUAGUUAUUGACGCCCUCGAUGAAUGUGAAGUUGGGGACGGAGAAUCGAUGGACGAGUUCAUCGAUGCUGUGAUUGAUGCGUGCAAGUCCAAGGGAGGCCGGGUCCCGUUUCGUCUAUUUAUCACAAGUAGAGUUGAGGAACACCUUCGCUUAAAACUUGAAACUAUAGAUGCCAAGAAGGUCUCCCUUCAGCUGAAAUUGCAGCAUUACGACGCUAGAAAGGACAUUCGCAUGUUCUUCCAGUCCGAAUUUGCGGAUAUAUAUGCCGCCAAUCGCCUACUCAUGGUUGCGGAUGGUGUACCGGAGCCUUGGCCUUCGUGGGACGUUCUUAAUACCCUGGUUGGUGAAGCUAAUGGCUCCUAUAUCUAUGCAUCGACAUUCGUCAAAUUUGUUCGGCAAGCGGGGGGGAUGGCGCACCAACAACUUCUAGAGGCCUUGAAGGCACAUGGUCUGGAUCCUCUAUAUAUACAGGUUUUCUCCAGUGCUGUAUCUUCUGAAGUUGCACCUGGAAGCGUUGUUGACCUCAAGUGGGCAAUGGGAACCCUGUUACAUCUCGAAAAACAGUUGUCCAUCCGGGACCUAGCUCUCCUGAUGGAUGUACCGCCGCGAAACCUUGUCAGGUCUUUCCUCGGGAUUCAAUCCAUUCUACUUAUUCCCGAAGCUGACGACCGUCCAGUGCACCUAGUCCACACAUCGCUCCGGGAUUUUCUAACGACAGAAUCACGCUCGGCUGUCUAUUUCACUAACCCCUCUGACUGCCAUGCUUCUAUCACAAAGAAUUGUCUGUACCACCUUUGGCAGGCUGUUGAUGGUUGGGAGAGUUACCAUUCAGAGUCAUCUCUUUCUGUUUCACUAAGCAGGUCUCUAACGGAUUUCGCCACUAAUAGUAAUGUAUUCGCUUCUUGGGUAUAUACUAUCAUCCGAGAUGGACCACCAAGGCAAUACUUAGGAAUGAAGACACGGAUGGAGGUAAGCUAG